CUGCUGUGAUAGUGUUUGGAGCUUCAACCUGGAGCUGUUUAUAGGAAUUUGGAAAGAUUUAUAUUCUAUUUCAUAUACACUCACGCGGCUGUUGAGCUGAGCGGACUGAGUCGCUGUGAAUGUAAUCGAUCUUGUUGUCAUUCAGGACCAUAUGCUGCGAAAAAAACAAGGGGAAGGGAAGAAGGAAACGGCAGUGAAGGAGGCUGGCUGCACCGAGCACGACCUGGUAGUGACUACAGAGGGAUAUACACACUACACGGGACUGUUAAACACAGAACUGAGGAUAAUCUGCGGCUAAGGAUAGCCUUGACAAUCUGCCGUGGUCGAGGAGAGGAUAAGUUAGUGGGCUGGGUGUGAAGAUAAGCGGAGUCACUGUCACUUUAAACAAAAACAUCACGAAUCCAGACUCCAGCCGCAUUCCAGUGUUUUAAGGAUGAACCACUUAUCCUUCAGUGAGCUAUGCUGCCUCUUCUGCUGUCCACCAUGCCCCAGCAAGAUUGCCUCAAAGCUGGCCUUCCUGCCCCCAGAGCCGACCUACAGCCUCAUGUGCGAUGAGAGCGGCAGCAGAUGGACCCUGCACCUCUCCGAACGUGCCGACUGGCAGUACUCAGCCCGGGAAAAGGACGCCAUUGAGUGUUUCAUGACCCGAACCUCAAGAGGGAACCGCAUUGCCUGCAUGUUUGUCCGCUGUUCACCCAGUGCCCGCUACACUCUAUUAUUUUCUCAUGGGAACGCAGUGGACUUGGGCCAGAUGAGCAGCUUCUACAUUGGCCUGGGUUCACGAAUCAACUGCAACGUCUUCUCUUAUGACUACUCGGGUUAUGGGGCCAGUUCUGGGAAACCUUCAGAGAAGAACCUGUAUGCAGAUGUAGAUGCAGCCUGGCAGGCACUCCGGUCACGAUAUGGUAUCCGUCCAGAGAAUGUGAUCGUGUAUGGUCAGAGCAUCGGCACAGUGCCCUCUGUGGAUCUAGCUUCACGCUAUGAGAGUGCUGCAGUCAUCCUCCACUCCCCACUCACCUCUGGCAUGAGAGUGGCCUUCCCUGACACCAAGAAGACCUACUGCUUUGAUGCCUUUCCAAACAUUGACAAGAUUUCCAAAGUGACAUCACCAGUCCUGGUGAUCCACGGCACGGAGGACGAGGUUAUUGACUUCUCCCACGGUCUGGCACUGUAUGAACGCUGCCAGCGUCCCGUGGAGCCGCUCUGGGUGGAAGGAGCUGGACACAAUGACGUGGAGCUCUACGGACAGUACCUGGAAAGACUCAAACAGUUUGUUGCAAACGAGCUGGUCAACUUGUAGAAGUGCUGGAAUUAAAGAUGGAGGAAUAGGAGAAGGCAAGGUUUUUCAAGAGAAGCUCAAUGAUGGACUUGGAUGAAGCUUUUUAUUUUAUGUUUGUUUUGGUUGGUUUUUUUUGUUUCUUUCUUUUGUCCAGAAAUAAUGGAAGGAGAGUUGGUGUUUGAGUAAUACUGACUUCUCCUUAUGGAAAACCUCUCGUCUGUGGCACACCAGUUGGCCAAGGACCUGUUUGUGCCAUCUACUCCACAUCCUACAGCUGUGAAUCUAGAAGUAUCCAUUAUUUUGCUUUCACUAAUAAAUUUUCACAUGUUGAACAUUGCACAUUGUUGGUUUUGGUGAAAGAGGAAGUGGACAUGUGCACGGACAAUGUUCUUUGUGUACAUUCAGCAAAGAAUGUGUGUGAUUGAAUUUUUUUUUUUUCUUUUUCUUCCUGCCUUGUGAGAAGGACACUGUCCACACUUAUAAAUGAGACCUCUAAUUAACUCUCAACCCCUUUAAGUUCCCGGGAAAUGGCCUUUAUGCAGACAAGUUGCUUUAAACCAACUGAACUCUGCCUGACUCCGAGGUCAGCUUGGUCUUAAACACUGCAUUCACCGUCAUGCAAUUUUAUUUCUUUCUUGGUGUACUGCUAUUUGUACACUUUUUUUUUUUCUCUUCCUUUUACCUUAAUUAUAUUUACUCAUAUCAUUUGCCACUGAAAAGCUGUACAGUACAAACUGACACAUUAUCCAGCUGUGCCAGUGUUGCCAAAUGUUUAAUAUGUAUUGCAGAGACUUAUUCACACAAACAAGUGUACUUUUACAAAUGACAUCUAGAAACAUCUCCCUGUUGUUUCAUCUUCACUUCUUUUAGUUAAGUGGUACAGUGUGAUGUUUAAUCCUACAGAAAUGUGACAAGGUCGGUGAGCAGCUAGCUAAAGGUCUGAUGCUUUACAUCAGAUUAGUUUGCAUUUGCUGUCUCAGGCUUGAUGAGUUGCUGCUGUGGGAUCAGUAUCAGUUGAUUAUAACUGUGUUUUCAGAACAUUUUGGGCACGUUCGUGAGGAAAAAAUAUCUAAACCUGUUUAGGAAAAGGCAAUUAUUCACCUAGAUGUAUUAACAAUUAUGAAGCCAAGUUUGGAUAAUGUUGUUUCCGCCUAGCGGUCUGAAUAUAUAUCAUCUAAAUAAUGUGUGUAAUAGUUAAGACAGAUCUCCCUUAUUUACGUGGAUCAGAGAUUUCUAAAUUGUUCUUUUUAUAUUAUGAAAAAUAACUACUGUUUCAUGGGCUGCCUGUCUGAUGAAAAUGUAAACCACUAAUGUCAGUGACUUUGAGCUUGCAAAGGUUACAUUUCUUCUUCUUCUUGUUUCCUCAAAUCCUUUUUUCUGCAGUAUGGUUGUCAAACUGAACAUCUGAAUAGACUACAAGUGCUUGAUUCACGGUGUGUACUGGAGCAAUGGACUGUCAUAUGUCUGGCUCAGCAUAAAAGCCAUCAGUCGAGGAGAUAAUGUUUUGCUUUUUUUAAAAAAAAAACCUUAUCUAGCCAUCUGCAUGACAUUUCUGAAUCCAUUUUUGUAUGUUGUCUUGCCCUUUCAGUGCUAAGGGAGAGGGAGGAGGGAAAAAAAGCAUUUGCUACUGUGAGUCCCCAUAAAAGAAAAGGGCAAAGUGCUGCUGCAUGCUUGUGUCCAUAAAAGGAAGAAAGUUUCAUGACAAUUAACAGACAAGCCGUUGGGUGCUACUGUAAACCUUCAGGUCUUAUUAAUUAUUGGAUGGAGAAGAAGGUAUUUCUUCCUGUUUUUUUGAUUGACCAAGAUCCAGAUCAACUGGUCUGGAUAAACGCCAUAUGUCAGAGACUGUUUAACACUUUGCUUAAGACAUUUUUUUUUUUUAAAUGAGUGCUUGUUUAAAAUUUUUUUGUAAAUAUUUUUUUUACAUGCACUGUAAAAAAAUAUUUCCCCCCCCCCCCCCCCCACAGACUUUUGUUACAUAUUGGCUGUAUGUCAUCUUUCUUUUGUAAUCCUUGAUAUACUACUAGACCAGGUCAUAUUGCAAGUAACUUUUUGUACUGGCCACUUUAACAUUUGUCAUCUCUGGUUUAAGUUUUAUAUACCAUAGUUCAUUACAAAGGAACGAAGGAACGUGUAUGUUAUAGCAUUGAUAUAGUAAUUCUAACAUGGAUAGAAAAAAAUAAAGUAUUUGAGAAAUUUU